AUGUAUCGUGACGGGGAGGAGACCUCCUCCAGCUCAGAGUCGGACUACAGCGACACGGAGGUCGGGCCAGCGGAGGCUGCCGAGGCCACGGGGCGGGAGGUUAUUUACAAUGCAGAUGUGCUGCACGAGAAGCUGGAGGACUUUGGGUGGAGCGAGCAGGAGCGGUGGGAGGAGACGCUGGUGAUCACGGGCGAGGCCCCCACCACCAUCGCCAACGUGGAGGACGACCUCGAGCGGGAGCUGGCCUUCUACAACCAGGCCGCGGCGGCCACGCAGGCCGCCAUCGCGCGCAUGGAGGCGGCGGGCCAGGCCUGGGCCCGGCCGCCGGACUACCUGGCGGAGAUGGUCAAGUCGGACGAGCACAUGGCCAAGAUCAAGGAGCAGAUGCUGCACCAGUCCAAGCUGGUGACCGAAAUGGAGCAGCGGAAGAAGGACCGCGAGUCCAAGCGCUUUGCCAAGCAGGUGCAGGCGGAGAAGAAGAAGGAGCGGGCGCAGGAGAAGAAGGCCUCCAUCUCAGACGUGUCCAAGCUGCGCAAGCAGCGCAAGCAGUCGGGCUUCGAGGGUGAGCUGGACGUAGAUGCUGCCCUGGACGACAUGAGCCAGCGCAGGGCGUCGGCCAAGAACCCCGGGGAGCGGUUCAAGCCACGCGACAUCACCAAGAAGCGGGCGCGCAAGGACUCCAAGUUUGGAUUUGGAGGCAAGAAGAGGCUGCUGAAGCAGAACGACGCCGUCUCUUCUGCCGACGGCGUCCAGGCGGCUGCCGAGCAGAAGCACGGGUGA